ACAGGGGAGCUGCAGAGGACUGUGGCCAUGACUGUGGUUGUCUCUGCACUGUUUGUAGCUACAUUAGCUUGUUAACAUGAAUUCAACCUAAGUACUUCGAUGCAGACCGGUACUUUUAAUUUUCAUUGUAACUGUAGGUUUAGAUGACCGGAUAACGCUUCAGAUGGAGAUUUGUGAUAUGCUGCAUUGGACACGGGGAAGCAGCCGGACUGCCAGUGUAGUCUGACAGCUGUCACCGUGUGUGGAGCCACUUAGCCCGGUGUGCUAAGUGAAUUCACGGCUAACAAGUGGUACGGAGUUGGGCCGGCGAAUUCAACAAAUAUCGCUGCACACAUUUGGAAGAGGUGACUUGUGAUGGACUUCAUCGCGUACUCCGUGGAUGCAGUAAUAUUUAAAAGGAUGUGUUUUGUGUGUCGUCCUAAACGUAUUUUGGAAUAAAGCAAGAUAGUUAGCAUUUUAGCAAUAGAAAGCUAUCUGCUUCCAUUCAAUCACUCAACAUCGCCGCGAUAUAAACAUAGCAAUUUGACGCGUCUUUACCACCCUACAAUAAUUAUUUUCAACGAAAAGACAAUAAUGAAGAAGUUUUUUGACACUCGUCGAGAGCUUGGGAGCUCAGGGCCCGGCUUAGGAGCCGCUGGUGGUGGAGGCACUGGAUCCGGUGGAGGGAGCAGCUUCAUUGGACGAGUUUUCAACAUAGGUCGCUACCAAGUCACGGUCGAAGAAAUUGUUGCUGAAGGAGGUUUUGCUAUAGUAUUUUUGGUGCGCACUCAUCAAGGGGUACGCUGUGCACUAAAACGAAUGUAUGUCAACAAUGAGCAUGAUCUGCAGAUCUGCAAACUUGAAAUUCAAAUUAUGAGGGACCUUGUUGGGCAUAAAAACAUAGUUGGUUAUCUGGACUCGAGCUUAACAGCUGUUGGUGCAGGAGAUGUCUAUGAAGUCUUAAUUCUAAUGGACUUUUGUCGAGGAGGACAGGUUGUAAAUCUAAUGAACCAAAGGCUUCAGACAGGGUUCUCGGAGGCAGAGGUCUUGCAGAUUUUUUGUGACACAUGUGAAGCUGUUGCACGUCUCCACCAAUGCAAAACUCCAGUCAUUCAUCGAGACCUUAAGGUUGAAAAUAUUCUUCUGCAUGACCGAGGUCACUAUGUGCUCUGUGACUUUGGAAGUGCCACUAACCGAUUCCAGAACCCUCAGACUGAGGGAGUGGCCACUGUGGAGGAGGAAAUCAAAAAGUACACUACUUUGUCUUAUCGGGCCCCAGAGAUGGUAAACCUUUAUGGUGGAAAUGUCAUCACAACAAAAGCAGACAUUUGGGCCAUGGGCUGUUUACUGUAUAAGCUUUGCUUCUUCACACUACCCUUUGGGGAGAGCUCAGUAGCCAUCUGUGAUGGCAGUUUCACUAUCCCAGACAAUUCCCGGUAUUCCCAGGAAAUGCACUGUCUCAUCAGAUACAUGCUUGAACCUGACCCAGAGAAGAGACCAGACAUCUAUCAAGUGUCCUACUUUGCCUUCAAACUGGCCAGGCGAGAAUGUCCUGUCCCAAAUGUACAUAAUUCACCCAUUCCUGCAAAACUUCCUGAGCCCAUCAGAGCCAGUGAAGCCAUGGCCAAAAAGAGUCAAACCAAAGCUAGGCUUACAGACCCUGUGCCCACCCUGGAAACCUCCAUUGCUCCUCGACAGCGACCCAAAGCAGGCCAGGCUCAGCCUCAGCCCAUUUCAGGCAUUCUUGCCAUUCAGCCUGCAGCUACUCCACGCAAAAAGUCUAAUGCUGUACCAGGUGUUGUCUCAUCUGCAGCCACUCCUGCUGUUCAGCCUGUGUCUCAGCCAGCUCAGCCUCCUGCUAACAUGCAGCCACAGCCUACACCACAACAUCAGCAGCUCCUCAUGAAGCAACAGCAAGCCAAUGCAUUUCUAAGCCCCCAAAGUAACCAGCAGAGUCGAGGCAUGCACAAAGUGGGCUCCUUAACGCCUCCUUCUUCACCAAAGAUGUCUCAAAAAAGUGGCCACAGGCGCAUCCUAAGUGAUGUCACUCACAGCACUAUUUUUGGGGUUCCUGUGAGCAAAUCCACCCAGCUUCUUCAUGCAGCAGCAGCUGAAGCCAGCCUCAACAAGUCCAAAUCUGCUAGCACUACUCCUUCUGGCUCACCCUGUUCAUCCCAACAAAGUGUUUACCACCCAUAUGACAGCAGCACUAUGGCAGCCCACCCUGCAGGCAACAGCCAGCCCAGUUGGAACCCUUUUGGGGAUGAUAACUUCUCAAAACUUACAGCAGAAGAACUUCUGAAUAAAGACUUUGCAAAGCUUGCAGACUCUGGUAUAGCCGAGAAGCUCACUGGCUCCAGUGAAAAUAUAAUUUCUGGGCUCCAACCAUUUCCAGCCAAAACUGAAGUAUGUGUGGACUCACUGAUUCCUGGUUUAGAGGCUCCACAAUCCCAGCGGCAACCAGAUGUGAGCUCUGGCAUCCAAGACACCCUCACUGGUGACGGCUCUCUGCUGGGCUGCGACCUCCUGUCUCACUCUCCUGCUCACAGAAAACAGUGUGUUUCCUCUGUUAAUAACCUGGGCUCUAGAUCCUGUCUGGAGGAACAGCUGACAAACCAAGCACCUGCUGACUCUUCUCUUCUCUUGUCGUGUGGGCACCAGAGCAACAGUGAUGAGUUUGACCCUAUACCUGUGCUCAUCUCCAAAAACCCAAGUCAAGCAGAUCUCCAAGGAGAGAGUAAUGGCUACACUGUUCUCACUGAGGGACACGAGAGGGAACCUUCAGAUCCUCAAACAAAUGAAGGCUGUGUGCACUCUAGUGAUGAAGAGGAGCAGGAGCCUAAACAGGAUGAGAGUGGAAUCUGUGCUCAAGACUGCAGUGGCUCCAGACCUCUGCUGAUGGACUCUGAGGAGGAAGAGGACACUCCUCACUACAGCGAUGUACCUGCACAGCCUCCAAUAGCUUACCCUCCAUCAAAUAACAUGGCCCAGAACCACUGCCAGCACAAUUGUGCUGCUCCCCCUGAGGAGGCCACAGCAGAUGUGUUCUCAAACGCCCCGUUUCGGACUGUGCAUGAAGACACAUGUGAUGUGUUUGCCAAUGCCCCGUUUCCACGGCCUUCUGCUGCAGCACAGCAGCCCAUUGAUGUCUUUGCUCAGGCACCUUUUGGAAAAAGAAAAGAGUCCACAGGAGUGGCCAGUGUGGCUCUAUAUCCACACCCAGCAACAGCCACUGAACCAGGAGUCUUAGGAAAUGUCACCCCGCAGCCUUUCCAUCCACAAGCUUUGGCCAAAUAUUCUCGUCACUUUGAGGGGACAGUCUCACAGCAACCUGGGCCAGCUCCAGGCUCUGUGAGUAGACAGGCCACAGUGGGCACUGUCCCGGUACCACCUUUACACACUUGGACCUCAGAAAGGAGCACUGGAGAUCCCUUUGUCUCUGCACCCUUUCACCUCAAAGCCCCACAGGAAAAGCCUUGAUAAGUACUGAAACACAUGUCCCAGUCUAUUAUGCAAAGUCCUGCAUGCGCUCACCAGCGCUGCAGCUGGACUGCGGGCCUGCAUGAAUCUCUUGCACAAGUAGCUCAAUACUCACAGUACUGCAAUAUCAUUUACAUUUGAAUGACAACAUCAUUCACUGACUGAUUUUACUUUAUGAUGAUUCAUCUUCAUGGUACCUUCACAAUCUGAUCAAGUGGUGGUUGAGUUAGUGUUCUUUUCUACCUCACAUUUUGGUUACAUAAGGACUCGGUGAGGGAAUAGUAAUUUUUUUUUUCUACUAUAAUUGAUGUAGUGUAAUCUUAACAUGGAAAAGAGGAAUUGAUAGGUGAAGGCAUGGGACUUAUUUCUAUUGAUUCACUACUAUUGUUGUUGGCUAUUACACUUGAGAUUGUGUUUUAACAAGAUGCUGGAUAAAGAUGCACAUGUAAUUUCAGGAUGAGAAACAUUGCAAAAUGUUUGACUGUUGGACAAAGAAACAUUCACUUAUCAUUUGUUUGUGACCACCAUGUUCUAGUUGCAUGAUUUUAUUUUGUCUCCUCCAGUUAACUGCUGCAAUUUAUGUUUAGUUGCAUAAACUGUUUUACCUUAUGCAGGGUGCAAACACUUAUUCAUGUACCAACACUCAUGCUGAUGAAAAUGAAAAAUUCUGAAAAUAUUUUAUGCAGUCUGAUAAAGACCGGGUCCUUUGGCACAGCAGUCAAUGUCAGUGAAUGUACUGGUCAAAGCUUAAACCAGAGAUCAUGAAAUGUGCCUCUCAUAAUAAGGCAUUUGUUCAUCUUGAUUUAUGUGAAAAUGUUUUUUUGCAAAACACAGAGCAUUUUCACUGUGGCACUUUUAAGAAAGAGGGUCAGACCUUUUUCAAUCCAAAGUUUGUUUCUUUGUUGCAAUACACAGUAUCUACUUUGAUCUUUUGUAUGUUGAAGUGUACAAUCUUAAAAGACCUUCUGGAUGUGUAAAAAUGAAGGCUGCACAUUGUCACUGAUGACUAGCCAGAGCUCUUUUACUGACUUGGUGCUCCAAGUUGUUUGGACGCAUACAGUAGCUUAGCCUAUAGGAAUUUUAUGGAGAAAAAAAAACAACUGUUGAGAAUAUUUUUUCAUGACGCACACUCUGCCUUUAAAAUCAUAUAUUAAAAUGUAUGUAAAGAUA